AUGUCACUAUUAAUACCAGGCCCAACGGCACCUGGAAAAGACAUUGAUGUGUACUUACGGCCUAUGAUUGAUGAAUUGAAAGAUCUAUGGACAAAUGGUGUCACCACUUAUGACAUCUCUAAAAAGGAGAGGUUUACAAUGCAUGCACCAGUGUUGUGGACAAUACAUGACUUUCCAGCAUAUGGAACACUUUCUAGAUGGAGUACCAAAGGAUACAAAGCAUGUCUGACUUGUAAUGAAGAUACUUCUUCCCAAGCUUUAAGAAUUGGAACAAUGUUGGACAUCAAAGGUAAGUCGAAGGAUACUGACAAGGCACGUAUGGAUUUAAAGGAUCUGAAUAUUCGAAAAGAAUUGCAUUUACAAGAAACUAGCGAUGGCUAUACUGUUAAUAUUUCAAAGAAUGUGAACAUUAAGGAUGGUAAGAUGUCAGGUUUGAAAACUCAUGAUAGUCAUGUUCUUUUGCAACAACUUUUUCCCGUGGGUAUAAGACCUUACAUUAAGAAAGAGGUUUGUGGAACAAUUAUUGAAAUGUGCAUGUUCUUCCAAAAACUUUAUGCACGAACUCUAUCUGUUUCAGACUUGGAUAUGUUACAAGAAGGGAUAAUACUUACAUUGUGUAAAUUGGAAAGAAUAUUCCCUCCAGCCUUUUUUGAUAUCAUGGUUCAUCUAGCAGUUCACCUACCAUAUGAGGCAAAAAUGGCAGGACCAGUACAUACUCGUUGGAUGUAUCCUUUUGAAAGAAAUAAAGCUCAUCCAGAAGGUUCAAUAGCAGAGGGUUAUGUUGUCAAUGAGGCAUUAACUUAUUGUUCAAUGUACCUUCAUGGUAUUGAAACUCGAUUCAAUCGGCCAGAACGUAAUAAAGAUGGUGAGAAUCAGAUUGCUUCGACUUUGUCAGUAUUCACUCAACCUGUGAAAUUGUUGGGGAAACCUCAAUUUGUUGAACUGAAAGAUGAUGAUUAUAAAAAAGCUCAUUGUGAGCACACCACACUAUUGCAAAACAGGGGUGUCACAAGUAUUCUGCAGGUACAAGAAAAGGAAUUUCCACAAUGGUUUGAACAAAGGAUAAAAUAUUUCAAUAGAUGUAAAUAUCCAAUGGUAACUGAUGAGUUGUACUCACUAGCAUGUGGUCCUGAUUAUGGAAUAAGAUCAUAUAGUGGAUGUGUAGUAAAUGGAGUUCGAUAUCGCACAAAAGUUCAUGAUGAUAGGCGUGUCACUCAAAAUUGUGGAAUUUGGGUUGUAGGUGAUCAUGAUGGUGAAUCUUGUGACUUUUAUGGGGUAAUAGAAGACAUUCUUGUGUUAGACUAUAGGUCCAAACACUCUGCUGUACUUUUUAGAUGUGCAUGGUUUGACACAAAUGUGAAAAAGAAAAAGAUGAUCACAGAGUUUCAAAUCAUAAGCAUUAAUGUCACUUCAUAUUGGUAUAAGAAUGACCCUUUUGUCCUUGCCUCACAAGCUAAACAAGUGUUUUACGUGGAUGAUUACAAGAUGGGUCAACAUUGGAAAGUGGUUCGAAAGGUGCAUCACCGUCAUCUGUGGGAUUUUCCAGACCGAUUAGAUGAAGGUGAUGAUCAUGGUGAUUCAUUUGAAGUUUAUGAGUUGGAUGCUUAUCAAGAAAAUGAUUCAAUGGACAUUCAAAAUUUAUUUGAAUCAAUUGAUAUUGAACGUCUUAAUCAUAGUGAGGCAGAGAGUGGAGAUUUUGAAGAUGCAGAUAGUGGUGCAGAGAGUGAAGAUUAUGAAGAUGCAGAUACUGGCACAGAGAAUGAAGAUAAUGGGGAGUACAAUGAGGAAACCGACAGUGAUAGUGAAGAUGAGUUGUUAAGUAAUGGUGAAACCGAUGAGGAUACUGACUCAUUUGCAUAA